CCCAUUGUAUUCAUUCCCCAUGCACUCUUCCUUUGAGUCUAGGAGUUGUUACUAAUAACUCCUGCCAUUCCUAAUGAUGUUUUUACUGCUUUCUUUCUUGUAGAGAAGCGGGUAGAGAGAAUCAAUUUGUAUCUUUACCCUCAACUUGACCAUGGCUUUUGGCAAAUAGACUCUCUUGGCUUUCUAUGACCAACUUUUAAAUAGGAGCAGAUAGACACUUGGGUCACAGUUCUGUGGUGACAAGGGCUUUGUAGUCAGCUGCUGGAACAUUCAAGGAGACAAAAAGGCACACAAGACUUUCACACAUACUUUGAUGCUAACUACAGCAAGUUGCAAGGCCAUUUCUCUGCUGAGACUUCUUUAUUCUGUUAGUUUGCAGAAUUACUCUCCUAUGAUGGCAGAGAAGUCACAAGGAUCUGACAACAUUCACGGAGGCCAGGAAAAGAGCAAGAGGGAGCUCCUGAGGUGCACCAAGAGUGUGUGGGCUCCUCUGGAUGAGCGGCUGCCCCCUGACCCCGAGGAGGAAAGCCAGAAUCUCACCAUCCCCAUGCUGGGUGAGGACGACCCUCAGGGCUAUUCGAAAACAUUCCUCUCAGAUUCCAAACAAGAAAGUAUUCAGCAGUGGCUGGACUCUGGAUUCUUCGUCUCUGCAGAUGAAAACUUUCCACAAGUCAUUGACCACACUGUUUCUUUGUAUGGACAAGGGAUGGUUCAAAUGACUGUGAAAGACUAUAUGAGAUCUUUGCAUCAGUUGUCAGAAACUCCCACCCUAUCCAGAGGGACCAGUUUCAAUUCUUGCUGUUCUACUGCAAGUGUACCACAAAGCAUUCCUGAAUGGCUGGAAUUUUGGGAGAAAGAUCCAGUGGAGAUUCUCUUGGAUCUGGGGUUUGGUGCUGAUGAGCCAGACAUCUGCACUCAAAUCCCAGCCAGAUUCCUUGGUUGUGGCUCAUCAGCCAGAGGUAUCAACAUCCGUGUUUUUCUUGAAGCUCAAAAGCAGCGAAUGGACAUUGAGAACCCCACCUUGUAUGGCCGUUUCCGACAGCUGGAAAUCCUGGACCAUGUAACCAAUGCCUUCUCCUCUUUGCUGAAUGAUGUCAGCAUCCUGCAAAACAGAGCUGAAGAGAAAACUAGAGGAGAAAGUGUGCAAAGAACCUCAGUGAGUGUGGCCAAAGAGCAUCGCAGAAGAAUGGGUAAACUCUUGAGGAGAGCUUCAAAGCAGGACAUCAGGAGGAACUGUAGCCCAGAGGCAUCAGAGUCCUUCAAGAUGAAAGAUGAGUUUUUUAUCUCCUUCACAAAACCAUGGGAGUGUGGAGCAGAGCUAGCAGCAACCUCAAUGAACCACAAGAAAAAUAAUUUAUCUCAGUCAGUAGAACAUCAGUCUCUCCAAGCCUGUGAUGAUUUGCUACCUCAUCAUCCUCCUUGUGAUCUUCUGGGCAAGCAGUGGGCUUGCUCAUCUACGUUGGCCAAACAGGCUCCUCCUUCCUGUGAGUCUGAGGAGUCAGUCAAGGCAAGAACUCAGAAGGAGAACUUAUUUCAAACUAACAGGCUCAAGAGCUUGUCUCGUCUUGCGGGUAAAGGACCAGAGUCGUUUGAAAUGGAAGAGGUCCAGAGCUUUGAGGAAGAGACUGGUAAUCCCCUUGACGUGACCUCAGGAAUUGUAGGUGCCAGGGUGGACAGAGCAAAUAGCUGCCAGUCUGACAGCAGUGGGUUCCUGGAGGAGCUGCUGGAACCACUGCCCCUCCAGAUGCCUUCCUUGCCAGGCAGCCAGAGUCAUGCUGAGAAUGGAAGUAGAAAGCCAAAAGAUCAGAGCCAUAGCUUAGUAUCAUCCCAAGACUGUCAGCUAGAGUCAGAUGGGCCAGAUUCCAGGAGUAUAGUGAGCACAUCUUUUUCAAGCCAAGAUGCGAAUGCCUUAGAAGAAAAGGUCUCAGUACCUGUAGUGGAGGAAGAGUCUCUGCUUGAGGACAUGGAGGGGCCGCCAGAGCUGUGUAUCCCACACAUGGCCUGUGCCAAGACCACCACAAGGGGAGAACACCCAAGGAAAGACAGCCAUCUGCAGCAGCUUCUGCCAAUGCCCUACACUGAAUAUGAGGUCACUGGAUCUAUAGUCACUUCCAAAUAUGAUCAUCCUCUGGGGUUUGUGGUAACCCACAUCACAGAAAUGCAGGACAGUUUUCUGAGGACUGAGGGAGCUGGUGAAGUGCAAAGUCACCAGUAUGAGUUUCAAAGAUCACCUGGAAAUGAUCGCACUCAAGACGAGUUCCUUCUUGUUGACUCUGAGUCCCCAAGAGAAGAGGAAAGCAGUGGACUCUGUCCCAAUACCAACCACAGCUUACUGGCACCAGAAAGCUCAUCACAGUGUGUCCCCAAGCACAGUGAAAGCACACCUUAUGCAAUUGACUUUUCUCAAACAUCUGAAAAGCCCAUUCCCCACCUCUAUAAACUUCCUGGAGAUCCUGCCCAGGUGAAGUCAAGGUCUUGUACUUUGGGUCAGAUACUCCCUAGGACAGAGGCUGAGAUGGAAAACCUUCCUGUAAAUACUGGUAGCUCCAGGUCUGUGACAGCCCAGAUGUCCUCCAUCCUGGUAUCUGCUGCUCAGAGUGCUGUGUCCUUGGAGACUGGUCCCAGAGGAACAUCUUUAGAAUGCACUGUGUGUGACCCUGUUACCACAACAGAACCAAGACUGGGGACAGAAGCAAGACGGUUCAAUGAUGCUUCCAUUCAGACUUCUGUAUAUGAGCUUGGGCCCUGGCAUUUCUUUUCUGCACCAAUCAACAAAGCCUUGAUACAUGGGCACCAGCCCCUCACCAAAUCCAUCUCUCUAGACUCAGGUUUCCCUAGUAUCUACCCAGGGGGCACCUGCCAUGCUAAACCUGCCCACUGCUGCAUCUGCUGUCAUCACCAACCUCACUGCCAUGGGGAGAGGCAAAGCCCUGGCCCUGCACCCUCAGUCUGUAGGCACUGCCUGUGCUCACUUACUGGUCACCAGGAAGCCCAGUUCAUGAUGACUUUGAAAGCCUUUCAGGACACUGCAAUGAGGGAGCUAUGUUCCUGCACAGUCCAUGAGAUGGAAGCCAUGAAGACAAUAUGCCAGAGUUUCCGGGAGCAUUUAGAGGAAAUGGAACAGCACCUUAUGAGACAGCAGGCCCUCUUUUCUAGAGACAUGUCAGAGGAGGAAAGGGAGGAGGCCGAGCAACUACAAACUUUGCGUGAGGCCAUGAGGCAGCAGGUGGCAGAGUUGGAAUUUCAGUUAGGAGACCGGGCUCAGCAAAUCAGAGAAGGAAUUUUGCUGCAGCUGGAACUUCUCACAGCAGAACCACCUGAACACUGUUCAAAUCUGCAUCAAUAUAACUGGAUAGAAGAAAGGAAUGGCCAGACUUCAUGUUCCAUCAUCCACCCAGGCAUGGCCCCAGGAACUGUCUUUCCUCCCAGUGAUGGCCAGCAGGCUCCCUGUUCAGGUGGGACCCACCCACCCUGGAGAACAGCACCAGGAUGCCUCAAUCACCAGCUUGGGCAAAGUUAGGUCCAACCCCUUUGUCAAAUUGUCCUGUUGGAGAAAAGGGUACAGAUGUCUUUCUCUAGAUCAGAGCAGGUUUGAUGACCUGCAUACAAAAUGUAAAGGCCCAGAACAGAAGUAGGAAGGAAAUUUCACCUUUUCCCAAGGAGAAGCAUCUGCUAACCCAUUGUCAGCUAUAUUUUUCAUAUUCUACCCUAUGGUUAAACCCAAGAAGAGUUUAGAAUACUUUAAGACACAUUACAUAUAGAAUAACUGAGCACCUAGUAUGUGCCUGGCACAGAGUACGCAACAGUGACUAAAUAGUGUAUGAUCUUAGCCCUGCUGGAACUUACAGUGUGGUGGGGGAGAUAGAAUUGCAAACAAAAAGUAUCUGAGACAGGUCUCAGUCAAUGUAGAAGUUUAUUUUGCCAAGGUUAUGGAUAUACACCCAGGAGAAAGGUCUGUGCCUCUCUCCAAAGAUGAUUUUGAGGACUUCAACAUUUAAAGGAAAAAGGGCAGCUAAUGGGAAAAGCAGCAGACAUUUUUUUUUGAGAAGGAGUCUCACUCUGUUGCCCAGGUUGGAGUGCAGUGGCACAAUCUCAGCUCUCUGCCACUUUCACCUCCCAGGUUCAAACAAUUCUCCUGCCUCAGCCUCCAGAGUAGCUGGGACAACAGGCACAUGCCACCACGUCUGGCUAAUUUUUGUAUUUUUAGUAGAGUCGGGGUUUUACUAUAUUGGCCAGAUUGGUCUCAAACUCCUGACCUGGUGAUCUGUCCAUCUUGGCCUUUCAAAGUGCUGGGAUUACAGACGUGAGCUACUACACCUGCCCUGUGGAAGACAUUUUUGAAAGGUGUGGGUAAAAAAGAGGCAGUCACAUUCUCUUGAGUCUGAUCAGCUUUUUGCAUAUGAGAGGGCUUAGAGGAACAGUCACUUAUGCAUUCAUCUAGCUCACUGAAUCUGAACUUCUACAUAAGAUAAAAUACACACAGGGCACAGGAAGCAAUCAGAUAAGCAUUAGUCUCAGAAGAGCAGAGAGAUGACUUUGAGUUCUGUUCUUUGUCCCAUACCUAUAAAGAGAAGUUAUCAAUCUACUUUGUCAGGAUUAAAUUCAACAGAUCUGUUUUAGGGUAAAGAUUGUAGGGCCUAUAAGGAAUUUCCCAGUGGGCAAAUUGUGAGGGAUGUAGCUUUUUAAAAAAUCUUUGUAGCUAUCUCAUUUAGAAAUAAAAUGGGAGGCAGGUUGCCUGAUGCAGCUUCCAGCUCGACUUUUCCCUUUGACUUCAUAAUUUUGGAGUCCUGAGGUUUGUUUUCCUUUCACAGAAUAUAAACACCUACAUACCUUUAUUAUUAAAUACUCUGAAGGAAAUAGCAAGGUAUUAUGAAAGAGAACAUAGCACGGAGUCCGACUUAGAUUAAUGUUCAGACAGCCUGGGUGAAGAAGUGACAACAGAAGAGGGAAGGAGAAUCCAGGCCUCAGAGGUACCAGACUGUCUGAAAACCUCCAGUCAGGCAGCCAGUGGGAACGCUGAUGAAGCACCUACUGUAUGCAGGCCACUAUUCUAGUGCUGGAGACAGCCAUGAAUAAGACAGGUGGACUUUCUACUGAGAAAGAGUUAGAUGAAGAGUAAGACUAAAAAAAAAAAAAAAAAAAAAAAACAAGCAAGUAAUUGCAAUCCUGACAAGAGCCUUGGAAGACAGUGUGAUAAUAUUGCAAAGGGAGAUGUGGAGUGAAACUGUACUGCAUUCAUUAGUUAGGGUGCUUAUGCAAGGUCUUGCUAAAGGGGAAGCUAUUUGGGUAAGACUUGAAUGGUGAGGAAAUGGAAGCCAUGAGCAAUUCUGCAAAAGAACAUUCAAAGCAGAAGGAAUGGAAAGUUUUCAGGCCUCCAGAUGUAGAGAUAGGCAGUGUUGCUGAGUGCGUUGGGCAUGGGGAUGUACCAGAGUCACAAGAUACUUCUAUUUUUCUUUUAAAAAACUGAAAGUAUUUGGGGAUAGUUUAUAACUGUGUAGUUUAUAUGAUUGAAGAACUAAUGUUUCCUCCUUGAAUGUUUCAGGGAGCAUUAUCUCUCCCUGAAACCAAGUGUUUAUAUUUUUUAAAUGAUUUGUUUCUACUUUGGAUCAUUUGUAUUCUUCUAUGGACAUGGGCAGGCAUUUGUCAAAUGCAUUGCUUUGUUAGCAACUCCUAUGAAUAAAAUAAAUAAUUUACUUAUA